AUGGCAUCAAUUAGUGCCGAAGUAUCUGGUGCGGUAUCAGAGAUUACUACCCGCAACUCGACCGAAUCCCCGCUUCUUCGUCUUCCGGGCGAGCUUCGCAACAAGAUACUCGGAUAUGUUGUUGGAGGACACAUAGUCGUUCUGUUCGACAGCCCUAGAUCAAGGCCAGCUGGAGCACCCUCCGGGCUCCCACUACAGUUUCGUCUCACUGCCUGCAGCCAGACCAACUUCCACGACAGUUAUGGUAUGAAGCGCGUCUCACAGAGCCUGACUGUAACACUCGUCUGUCGUCAGCUUUACUUCGAAAGCGCGCCCCUCCUGUUUGAGAUCAACUCCUUCAAUUUCAGAUCGGUUCAAGCUCUUGAGCUCUUCACCGAGAUACUCACUUCUCGUCAGCGUAGCGCCAUCAAAACCAUCUCCAUCAGCUACAAUUACGUGUCCACGACGCGUCUCUUCUCCACUUCCGGAGAGCUUCCUCAAAUACACCCGCGGUUGUUAUUACCUGGUCUCAGCAAAGUAUAUCUGGCGCCAGAUGCGAUAGAACAUCUCCGGUACGGCGCUACUACUCGCGACAAGCUCGUUGAGGCUAUGCGUGUACUGAAUCUUGGUGGCCAUGAGGGGAAGGGUGUGUGGAUUGGUUGCUUCGAUGUGUUCGACAAGACUGCCGUACUGAAAGACGCUCCUGGCUUUCUGAUCACGUCUGACACUGGCUGA